AUGUGCCCAUCACCGUCCAAACCACCCUCCAACGCAGCCACCUCUCGACCAAUCACAUCCGAUAAAUCCUCCACCUUAACCAGUAACCGCUGUAACCGCAAGCCCAUGCCAUCCAGCCUAUCAUGCACCUUCUGCAGCCGCGCCCUCUGCUUCUCCGCUCCCCCUCCCCCGGGUUCUAAAGGGAUGCAGGGGUUGAUGAGGGGAUCGAAGGGGAGGCUCACAGCCCACUGGGGACUCGCUGCUUUCAGCCUGAGAGGUGGCUCCAAGGAACUGCAGGGGCUGAUGAGGGGAUCGAAGGGGAGGCUCACGGCCCACUGGGGACUCGCUGCUUUGAUUCUGAGAAGCAGCAGGUGGAGAGGGAGAUGCAGAGGGGUGCAGAGGGUUAAGGGAAGCAGUUCCCUCGCCGCCAGGCUCCAAGGGGCAGCAGGGGCUGAUGAGCGGGUCGAAGGGGAGGCUGGCGGCCCACUGGGGACUCGCUGCUUUCAACCUGCAGGAGAGCACAGGCCGGGGCUGAUGAGCGGGUCGAAGGGGAGGCUGGCGGCCCACUGGGGACUCGCUGCUUUCAACCUGCAGGAGAGCACAGGGCUCCAAGGGGCAGCCGGGGCUGAUGAGCGGGUCGAAGGGGAGGCUGGCGGCCCACUGGGGACUCGCUGCUUUCAACCUGCAGGAGAGCACAGGGUACGGGAGAGGAGGUGGAAAGAAGAACACUGUACCCUCUGCUUCUCCGCUCCCCCUCCCCCAGGCUCCAAGGGGCAGCCGGGGCUGAUGAGCGGGUCGAAGGGGAGGCUGGCGGCCCACUGGGGACUCGCUGCUUUCAACCUGCAGGAGAGCACAGGGCUCCAAGGGGCAGCCGGGGCUGAUGAGCGGGUCGAAGGGGAGGCUGGCGGCCCACUGGGGACUCGCUGCUUUCAACCUGCAGGAGAGCACAGGGUACGGGAGAGGAGGUGGAAAGAAGAACACUGUACCCUCUGCUUCUCCGCUCCCCCUCCCCCAGGCUCCAAGGGGCAGCCGGGGCUGAUGAGCGGGUCGAAGGGGAGGCUGGCGGCCCACUGGGGACUCGCUGCUUUCAACCUGCAGGAGAGCACAGGGCUCCAAGGGGCAGCCGGGCCUGAUGAGCGGGUCGAAGGGGAGGCUGGCGGCCCACUGGGGACUCGCUGCUUUCAACCUGCAGGAGAGCACAGGGUACGGGAGAGGAGGUGGAAAGAAGAACACUGUACCCUCUGCUUCUCCGCUCCCCCUCCCCCAGGCUCCAAGGGGCAGCCGGGGCUGAUGAGCGGGUCGAAGGGGAGGCUGGCGGCCCACUGGGGACUCGCUGCUUUCAACCUGCAGGAGAGCACAGGGCUCCAAGGGGCAGCCGGGGCUGAUGAGCGGGUCGAAGGGGAGGCUGGCGGCCCACUGGGGACUCGCUGCUUUCAACCUGCAGGAGAGCACAGGGUACGGGAGAGGAGGUGGAAAGAAGAACACUGUACCCUCUGCUUCUCCGCUCCCCCUCCCCCAGGCUCCAAGGGGCAGCCGGGGCUGAUGAGCGGGUCGAAGGGGAGGCUGGCGGCCCACUGGGGACUCGCUGCUUUCAACCUGCAGGAGAGCACAGGGCUCCAAGGGGCAGCCGGGGCUGAUGAGCGGGUCGAAGGGGAGGCUGGCGGCCCACUGGGGACUCGCUGCUUUCAACCUGCAGGAGAGCACAGGGUACGGGAGAGGAGGUGGAAAGAAGAACACUGUACCCUCUGCUUCUCCGCUCCCCCUCCCCCAGGCUCCAAGGGGCAGCCGGGGCUGAUGAGCGGGUCGAAGGGGAGGCUGGCGGCCCACUGGGGACUCGCUGCUUUCAACCUGCAGGAGAGCACAGGGCUCCAAGGGGCAGCCGGGGCUGAUGAGCGGGUCGAAGGGGAGGCUGGCGGCCCACUGGGGACUCGCUGCUUUCAACCUGCAGGAGAGCACAGGGUACGGGAGAGGAGGUGGAAAGAAGAACACUGUACCCUCUGCUUCUCCGCUCCCCCUCCCCCAGGCUCCAAGGGGCAGCCGGGGCUGAUGAGCGGGUCGAAGGGGAGGCUGGCGGCCCACUGGGGACUCGCUGCUUUCAACCUGCAGGAGAGCACAGGGCUCCAAGGGGCAGCCGGGGCUGAUGAGCGGGUCGAAGGGGAGGCUGGCGGCCCACUGGGGACUCGCUGCUUUCAACUUGCAGGAGAGCACAGGGUACGGGAGAGGAGGUGGAAAGAAGAACACUGUACCCUCUGCUUCUCCGCUCCCCCUCCCCCAGGCUCCAAGGGGCAGCCGGGGCUGAUGAGCGGGUCGAAGGGGAGGCUGGCGGCCCACUGGGGACUCGCUGCUUUCAACUUGCAGGAGAGCACAGGGCUCCAAGGGGCAGCCGGGGCUGAUGAGCGGGUCGAAGGGGAGGCUGGCGGCCCACUGGGGACUCGCUGCUUUCAACCUGCAGGAGAGCACAGGGUACGGGAGAGGAGGUGGAAAGAAGAACACUGUACCCUCUGCUUCUCCGCUCCCCCUCCCCCAGGCUCCAAGGGGCAGCCGGGGCUGAUGAGCGGGUCGAAGGGGAGGCUGGCGGCCCACUGGGGACUCGCUGCUUUCAACCUGCAGGAGAGCACAGGGCUCCAAGGGGCAGCCGGGCCUGAUGAGCGGGUCGAAGGGGAGGCUGGCGGCCCACUGGGGACUCGCUGCUUUCAACCUGCAGGAGAGCACAGGGUACGGGAGAGGAGGUGGAAAGAAGAACACUGUACCCUCUGCUUCUCCGCUCCCCCUCCCCCAGGCUCCAAGGGGCAGCCGGGGCUGAUGAGCGGGUCGAAGGGGAGGCUGGCGGCCCACUGGGGACUCGCUGCUUUCAACCUGCAGGAGAGCACAGGGCUCCAAGGGGCAGCCGGGGCUGAUGAGCGGGUCGAAGGGGAGGCUGGCGGCCCACUGGGGACUCGCUGCUUUCAACCUGCAGGAGAGCACAGGGUACGGGAGAGGAGGUGGAAAGAAGAACACUGUACCCUCUGCUUCUCCGCUCCCCCUCCCCCAGGCUCCAAGGGGCAGCCGGGGCUGAUGAGCGGGUCGAAGGGGAGGCUGGCGGCCCACUGGGGACUCGCUGCUUUCAACCUGCAGGAGAGCACAGGGCUCCAAGGGGCAGCCGGGGCUGAUGAGCGGGUCGAAGGGGAGGCUGGCGGCCCACUGGGGACUCGCUGCUUUCAACCUGCAGGAGAGCACAGGGUACGGGAGAGGAGGUGGAAAGAAGAACACUGUACCCUCUGCUUCUCCGCUCCCCCUCCCCCAGGCUCCAAGGGGCAGCCGGGGCUGAUGAGCGGGUCGAAGGGGAGGCUGGCGGCCCACUGGGGACUCGCUGCUUUCAACCUGCAGGAGAGCACAGGGCUCCAAGGGGCAGCCGGGGCUGAUGAGCGGGUCGAAGGGGAGGCUGGCGGCCCACUGGGGACUCGCUGCUUUCAACCUGCAGGAGAGCACAGGGUACGGGAGAGGAGGUGGAAAGAAGAACACUGUACCCUCUGCUUCUCCGCUCCCCCUCCCCCAGGCUCCAAGGGGCAGCCGGGGCUGAUGAGCGGGUCGAAGGGGAGGCUGGCGGCCCACUGGGGACUCGCUGCUUUCAACCUGCAGGAGAGCACAGGGCUCCAAGGGGCAGCCGGGGCUGAUGAGCGGGUCGAAGGGGAGGCUGGCGGCCCACUGGGGACUCGCUGCUUUCAACCUGCAGGAGAGCACAGGGUACGGGAGAGGAGGUGGAAAGAAGAACACUGUACCCUCUGCUUCUCCGCUCCCCCUCCCCCAGGCUCCAAGGGGCAGCCGGGGCUGAUGAGCGGGUCGAAGGGGAGGCUGGCGGCCCACUGGGGACUCGCUGCUUUCAACCUGCAGGAGAGCACAGGGCUCCAAGGGGCAGCCGGGGCUGAUGAGCGGGUCGAAGGGGAGGCUGGCGGCCCACUGGGGACUCGCUGCUUUCAACCUGCAGGAGAGCACAGGGUACGGGAGAGGAGGUGGAAAGAAGAACACUGUACCCUCUGCUUCUCCGCUCCCCCUCCCCCAGGCUCCAAGGGGCAGCCGGGGCUGAUGAGCGGGUCGAAGGGGAGGCUGGCGGCCCACUGGGGACUCGCUGCUUUCAACCUGCAGGAGAGCACAGGGCUCCAAGGGGCAGCCGGGGCUGAUGAGCGGGUCGAAGGGGAGGCUGGCGGCCCACUGGGGACUCGCUGCUUUCAACCUGAGAUGUGGUGCAUGGGGCAUGGGAAGGAGGUAGGACGAGAGCUGAGAGGAGGUGUACAGUCGCAAGCCCACGCCAUCCAGCCUAUCCUGCACCUUCUGCAGCCGCGCCCUCUGCUUCUCCGCACCCCCCCCUCCAGGCUCCAAGGGACUGUGGGGGCUGAUGAGCGGGUCGAAGGGGAGGCUCACGGCCCACUGGGGACUCGCUGCUUUAAACCUGAGAGGUGGUGCAUCCAGCAGGGGGUUAAGGGGGAGUAUGGGGGUAGCAGGCUGCAGGGGCUGAUGAGCGGGUCAAAGGGGAGGCUGACAGCCCACUGGGGACUCGCUGCUUUCAGCCUGAGGCUCCAAGGGGUAGCAGGGGCUGAUGAGCGGGUCGAAGGGGAGGGUGACGGCCCACUGGGGACUCGCUGCCUUCAGCCUGAGAGACAGCAGGUGGAGAGGGAGAUGCAGAGGGGGUGCAGAGAGGUUAAGGGAAGCAACCCCCCCCUCUACAGGCUCCAAGGGGAGGCAUGGGCUGAUGGGCGGGUCGAAGGGGAGGCUCACUGCCCACUGGGGACUCGCCGCCUUGAGCCUGAGGGGGAUGGGGUAGAAGAGGUCACCCACUCACUUCGCCUGGCAACCCAAUCUCACUCACCUCUAUUUCACCCCCACCACUGCCUGGGACCUGCUGUCUGCUUCCUACUUCUCUCACAGCAACCACACUGCCUGUACGUGUCACCUGUUACCCACUUUGCGAGGUCACCUAUGGGGCUCGUCAACCCCUGCUACCUAUGGGGGUAUGAAGGGGGUAAGGGGCAGCAGGGGCUGACGAGCGGGUCAAAGGGGAGGCUCACGGCCCACUGGCAACUCAUUGCUUUCAGCCUGCGAGGUGGUGCAUCCAGCAAGGGGUAUGCGCACCUCGCUCUCACGGCAACCACAGCAAGGGAUCUGUUACGUAUCUGA